AUGUUCUCGGAUGUUUUUAUUUUCCAGCCAUCUGCAUUGCGCCGACAAUUUACUCAGCUCCUCAAGAAGUUCUCCUCGCUUUCACCGACUGAAUCAGUCCUCCGAUCGUUGUCAAUCCUGAUCGACAUUGUGAAAUUCGAUGUCGAGAUUUUCAAAGCCAGCAUGGGGGUUGGAUGGUCGUCACCUGUGGACUUGCUUGUUGGCCCAGAAGUGGGGUUAUCCUAUCGUAUCAACGAACGCUGUGAGAGUUCGCGAUUAGCUGAACUGCGUUCUGUGCUGGAAAUUGUUAUCAGGAAAAUGGAGCAUAACUCUGAAAAGGCCAUAGUACAGUUGAAAAUUUCGGGCACCGCGCAGCCUAUGGUAGGGACGGUUUUGUAUUUUGUCUUUUCAGUUUUCUUGUUUUUCCUAUCUCCAUUACUGCUCAUUAUAUUAUACACUAUGAAACUAUGA